CAAGGAUGGAACUGAAGGCAGAGGAGGAGGAGGUGGGUGGCGUCCAGCCGGUCAGCAUCCAGGCCUUUGCCAGCAGCUCCACUCUGCACGGCCUGGCCCACAUCUUCUCGUACGAGCGGCUGUCUCUGAAGCGGGCACUGUGGGCCCUGUGCUUCCUGGGCUCCCUGGCCGUGCUGCUGUGCGUGUGCACGGAGCGUGUACAGUACUACUUCCACUACCACCAUGUCACCAAGCUGGACGAGGUGGCCGCCUCCCAGCUCACCUUCCCUGCCGUCACGCUGUGCAACCUGAAUGAGUUCCGCUUUAGCCAAGUCUCCAAGAAUGACCUAUACCACGCUGGGGAGCUGCUGGCCCUGCUCAACAACAGAUAUGAGAUACCGGACACCCAGAUGGCGGAUGAGAAACAGCUGGAGAUCCUGCAGGACAGGGCCAACUUCCGCAGCUUCAAGCCCAAGCCCUUCAACAUGCGCGAGUUUUAUGACCGGGCAGGACAUGACAUCCGAGACAUGCUGCUGUCCUGCCACUUCCGGGGGGAGGUGUGCAGCGCUGAAGACUUCAAGGUGGUCUUCACACGGUAUGGAAAGUGCUACACCUUCAACUCGGGUCGGGAUGGGCGACCACGGCUGAAGACCAUGAAGGGCGGCACGGGCAACGGGCUGGAGAUCAUGUUGGACAUCCAGCAGGAUGAGUACCUGCCCGUGUGGGGCGAGACCGAUGAGACGUCCUUCGAAGCAGGCAUCAAAGUGCAGAUACAUAGUCAAGAUGAGCCCCCCUUCAUCGACCAGCUGGGCUUUGGCGUGGCCCCGGGCUUCCAGACCUUCGUGGCCUGCCAGGAGCAGCGGCUCAUCUACCUGCCCCCACCCUGGGGCACCUGCAAAGCUGUUACCAUGGACUCGGAUUUCUUCGACUCCUACAGCAUCACCGCCUGCCGCAUUGACUGUGAGACGCGCUACCUGGUGGAGAACUGCAACUGCCGUAUGGUGCACAUGCCAGGAGAUGCCCCCUACUGUACCCCAGAGCAGUACAAGGAGUGUGCAGACCCUGCUCUGGACUUCCUAGUGGAGAAGGACCAGGAGUACUGUGUGUGUGAGAUGCCAUGCAACCUGACCCGCUACGGCAAGGAGCUGUCCAUGGUCAAGAUCCCCAGCAAGGCCUCGGCCAAGUACUUAGCCAAGAAAUUCAACAAGUCUGAGCAGUACAUAGGGGAGAACAUCUUGGUGCUGGACAUUUUCUUUGAAGUCCUCAACUAUGAGACCAUUGAGCAGAAGAAAGCCUAUGAGAUCGCCGGGCUCCUGGGUGAGCUGCUGCAGGCAUGGGCCCCUCCUCAUGCCGGGGGAGGGGUAUGCUGGGGCUCCCGGCAGUUCAACCAAGUGGAUUGCCCAGCUCUGCUCCCCCCCCGGGGCCCUGACCCCGCUGACCUCCCCACAGGUGACAUUGGGGGCCAGAUGGGGCUGUUCAUCGGGGCCAGCAUCCUCACCGUGCUGGAGCUCUUCGACUAUGCCUACGAGGUCAUCAAACACAAGCUGUGCCGCAGAGGCAAGUGUCAGAAGGAGGCCAAGAGGGGCAGCGCGGACAAGGGCGUGGCCCUCAGCCUGGACGACGUCAAGAGACACAACCCUUGUGAGAGCCUCCGGGGCCACCCUGCCGGGAUGACCUACGCUGCCAACAUCCUACCUCACCACCCGGCUAGAGGCACCUUUGAGGACUUCACCUGCUGAGCCCUGCAGGCCGCUGCACCAAAGGCCUCAAUGUGGAGGGCCAGGAGAGCUCGGGGGACCUUCUCCCCACCCUCCGGGGGAGAGGGGGUGGCCCCGAGUCUGCCUGGGGCCCACCCCUACUCCUGGGCAAGCCCUUCCCUCCUGUGGUGGUGAGGAAGGAGUCCUCUUCCUGCCUCUACCCCGUUCUUUUUACUUUUAACAAAACUAAUCUAAGAGAAACAAAGCCCCCUAAAGACAGAGAACGGGGGCCGGGCCCCGGGCUGCCUGUCUCUGCUCCAUGCUGCCUCCCCAGCUGCCGGCCUGGCUUCUCCGUCCGGGCCGUCUGUCAUCUUCAGUGUCCACCUACAUUCUGCUGCCGUCAUUCACCAAAGCCUCCACCGCAGGGUGGAGAGGAUCACCCCCAGGGGUCUGGGAUUUGCCCCCCCAACCUGAGAAUGUACCUUAAGGGGGAGGGCUCGCGGGGGCGGGGUAUCCCCAGCCUUAAGUGGCCCUCUUGGCCCAGUGACUGCCCGGAACCCAAGUCUCCAGGCUGAGCUGAACCCUCACCCCCACCCCCUUACACGAGUGUAGAGAUCUCUACGGGGUGCAUGUGGGGGGUCCCCCAAACAAGAGUGGAGAUGGGGACGAGAUGGGGCCCUGGUGCUGUAGGCCACAGGCUCGCUCACCCCCACCUCCCCAACCCCGGCAGCCCUCCUCAGCCAUCCCCUACCAGACCCGGCUGGUGAGCUCCCAGCCCAGGGAGAGGGGCGCUGGUGCCUGAUCUCACUGCGCCCUCUCCCGGAGCCCCCCUCCCCUCCCCCGCAGAGGGCUACAUCCAUAAAUUUUCUUAUGGAACUCCUCCAAGUCUUCUCUCCACCCCCACCCCAACGUCAUUGGCUUCUUUCAACAACUUCAUCUGCAUUUUCUAUUUCUAUAUGAUACAGACUCUAUAUUGCUAUAUCUCUGUAUAUACUUUUCCCCUGCCCUGUCUGUCUCUAGACCCCACCUCCUCUUGUCUGAGACCCAUCCUCCCCCCACCGCCCACCCCCCUUCUGUGUCUCCGCCCCUUCCCUGGUCUCUGAAUGCCUUCACCUGUAUAAAGAGUUGGACUCUCUCUCCCCGGUGUCUGUACUGUGUACACACAUUCCUCUGAGAAGCACAAGGAAACGACACGCGCAUUGUAACCCUCGCACUGUCGGUGGCCACAUAAAGGAAGCUGUGAACCACAAG